GUUACUGUUUGUUUUUAAACGUAGAGUGUAACUCAUUUUUCAGUAACUGUUGUUAUGAGCUGCUACAACUUCACGCUUUAAAUAUGUACAGCUUAAAUCAUGUAUUUAUUAUACGGAUAUGUUAAAUCUAAUUCUCAGACUUGACGUAAUGAACAAUCUGAUCAGCUUUUUCAAUGUUGUACGCAGAACCGUGAGUCUGGCGACCGCUGAGAUGGUCAAAGGGAAGUAUUUCUACGCUGUAAGAAAAGGAAGGAUACCUGGUGUUUACAGUUCUUGGAAUCAAUGUAAGGCUCAAGUUGACAAAGUCCCAGCAGCUAGCUUUAAGAAGUUUGCUUCAGAGGAGGAGGCCUGGGCAUUUGUGGCCAGCAGUGCUUCGAAGCUGGGUGCAGCAUCAACAACAGACUCUGCUGACAGCAAUAUAGAUUACACAGACAGUGAAUUAGAAACAAUAUUUGCCAACACUAGCGGAGUGAAGAGACUGUGUGCUGAUUUUUCUGAAGAUGGAGAGCCUUCUGCCAAACGCAGGAAAAGCCCAGAAGAAGAAACUGGAACUGUGUGUGCUACUCAGGCCACAGUUGGCAAAGACAGCUUUACUUACAUGGGGGAUGCUGUGGUGGUCUACACAGAUGGCUGCUGCUCGGGUAAUGGUAAAUCCAAAGGAGCUAGGGCUGGGAUUGGAGUAUACUGGGGGCCAGAUCACCCUAUGAAUGUAUGCGAUAGGUUACCAGGAAGGCCGACUAAUCAGAGAGCAGAGAUACAUGCUGCUUCCCGAGCUUGUGAACAGGCUAAGAGUAUGAAUAUCAAGAAAAUUAUUAUCUACACAGACAGCAUGUUCACAAUCAACGGUGUUACAAAGUGGAUAUCCAACUGGAAGAAGAAUGGCUGGAAGCUAAAAUCAGGAGGGGAGGUCAUUAACAAAGAAGACUUCCAGCGGCUAGAGAAGGGCAUGCAAGAUCUGGAGGUUGUUUGGAUGCACAUUCCAGGCCAUGCUGGUUAUAAAGGAAACGAGGAAGCUGAUCGACUGGCAAAGCAGGGAGCUGACAAGCCAGAGAAUUAGACUAGAUGAAUGUGAUGAAUAGUAGUGACUGGUCUCUUGUAUAUUGUGCAGCUCCUUUUUUUUUUAUUUCUUCUUCUGGAAGCAGUGUCUCCAGGUGCGCUAAACUACUGUUUACCAUAUGUAUCUGUGUAUGAGGGUCAUUUUUAUCACAGAAUCAUACCUUCCCACAACCCACCAACCUUUGUUAAAAAUGUAAAUGGGGUUAUUCUAACACACAGUGAGAAGACAAAAAUGCUUUAGCCAAUCGUGUUAUGAAAGCUGCAAUAGGGGUACCUGUUUUUAUUUAGCGUUUUUGCUUUCUUGUGGUUUUGCAUUGUUUAAGAAAUCUGUCAUUCGUUGUCAAUUCAACCACUGUUCUAUUUUGAUAACCUCAAAUUGACAUGAAACCUUCCUGGCUUUCUGCUCAUGAAGAGGUUAAGAACUGCAUACUGUACUAUGAAGUAAACACUUCUAGUCAAACAGUGGUUUGUGACAAUUAAAAAAAAAAAAAAAAAAAAAAAAAAAAA